AUGGAAGCAAAGGUUCCUAGACCUAGGGGCAGACCGAGGAAACGCCAGAAAGUAGAGGAUGAUAAUCGAAAAUUGAACAAUCGAGGGAAGAAGCAGGUUUUGGAGGUGGAACCGGCAGUGCCAGUAUCCUUGCUUGGUCGUUAUGUGCUUAAAGACUUUGAUGACAAUGGAGCUUUUCUAGGGAAGAUAGUGUCCUAUGAGACUGGCUUGUACAGAGUGGAAUACGAGGAUGGUGAUUGCGAGGACAUGGAAAGUGCUGAUCUUCGUCGUUUAAUUAUUGGGGAUAGUUACUUGGACGAUGAACUAUGCGUUAGAAGGGUUAAACUAGAUAAACUCAUAGUGAAGAAGGAGGAGAAAAGGAAAAUAAAUUACCCGGAUAACAAAGAGGUUGUGCCCCCAAAUCAAGUAAAUGGAGUCCAUGCACCCGCAUCUGAGGCGGAAGUUGAAGAUGGUGAUUCAUUUUGUGAUUCAGAUUCAUCUGAUUGUGAAGAUAAGAGAGGUUCAGAUUUUGAAACUGAGGCUCCUCUUGUUCUACCAGUGGAAUUACCUCCUUCAUCAGGAACAAUUGGUAUCCCAGAGGAUGCUGUGGUACAUCUCUUAUCUGUUUACGGGUUCUUAAGGUCAUUCAGUUUUCAGCUAUAUAUCUGCCCAUUUGAACUGGAUGAUUUCGUGGGAGCGUUGAAAUUCUCAGGACCAAAUUCUCUGUUGGAUGCUGUUCAUGUGGCCUUGAUGCGGGCAUUGAAGGUUCAUCUUGAGACACUCUCCUCAGACGGGUCUGACCUGGCUUCAAAAUGCUUGAAGUGCAUUGAUUGGAGCUUGCUCGAUGUGCUAACUUGGCCUGUUUAUUUGGUUCAGUACUUUGCUGCAAUGGGGCAUGCAAGUGGGUCUCAGUGGAAUUUUUCUUACAAAUUUCUUGUGGAAAUGGAGUAUUAUUCCUUACCCAUUGGGAUGAAAUUGAAGAUCCUGCAAAUUCUCUGUGAUGACAUCUUUGAUGUAGCAGAUCUAAGAAGCGAAAUAGAUGCCCGCGAAGAAUCUGAAAUUGGAUUUGAUCCUGAUAGAAUUGUCACUAAUCUUCCUGAAAAUGGACCUAGACGGGUCCACCCCAGAUUCUCUAAAACCUCAGCUUGCAAGGAGAAAGGGGUUAUUGAUAUGGUCCCAAUAAAACAGGGGAUAAGCUUAACAAACGAUUCUGAACCUUUGGGCUCAGAUCUGGAUGGAAACAGCGAUGAAUGUAGGAUAUGUGGAAUGGAUGGGACGUUGCUUUGUUGCGAUGGAUGUCCUUUAGCAUAUCACUCAAGAUGCAUUGGUGUGGUCAAAAUGUAUAUACCAGACGGGCCAUGGUUUUGUCCAGAGUGCACUAUUGACAAAACGGGGCCAAAGAUUGCUCAUGGAACUUCACUUAGAGGAGCUGUACAGUUUGGAAUGGAUCCUCAUGGACGACUCUUCUUGGGUACUUGCAAUCACUUACUGGUGCUUAACAUAGCUGUCAAUGGAGAUGGAGUUGUCAAGUACUACAAUGUCAAUGACGUAUCAAAAGUUGUACUAGUGCUUUUAUCUGCAUCAAACCAUACACUAGAAUAUCUGGAUAUUUGCAAAGCGAUCGCCCAAUACUGGGAUCUUCCUGAUGGUAUAAUUUCCUUGAGAGAAGGGGAGAUUGGUUUAGCUCAAGCAAAUGAUAAAGAGGAUGGCAAGGUUUCAGAAAUGAACAAGUCCGAUAGUGCAAACUUUUCCAGUAGGAAUGAUACGCAUAAUGCUGUUAUAAGAGGUUCAAGUGGAACGCAGGAGAAGAAAAUGGCUGCUGGUGUUACAUACUUGGGUUUAUCGUUUAAACCCCAAGCAUACAAUAAUCAUUACACAAAUGGGGAAUUGGCUGUAUCGGCAGCUGCCACUUUGGCUGUCUUAACUUCAGAAGAAACCCAUGAACCUGAUCUUCGCAAGUACAGUAAUCCCAGGAAAGCUGCGUCAAGUAACAUCUUAGUGCAGAUGAAAGCAUUUUCAUUAGUAGCCUCACGUUUCUUCUGGCCAAGUCCUGAUAAGAAGGACAUUACAAGGGAAAGAUGUGGUUGGUGUCAUUCUUGCAAACUAACAUCUGCAAGCAGGAGAGGGUGCAUGUUAAAUGCAGCUGUAACGGGUGCCACAAAAGGUGCUAUGAAGAUCUUCAGUGGCCUUUUUCCUCUAAAGAAUGGGGAGGGAGUGCUUUCAAGUAUUUCAGCAUAUGCUCUAUAUCUGGAGGAAAGCUUGCGUGGUCUGAUUGCUGGCCCAUUUCUUAGUGAAACUCUUAGAAAACAGUGGCGUAAGCAGGUAGAGGAAGCCUCAACAAGCAAAGAUCUAAAAGCACUCCUACUUGAACUUGAGGAAAAUAUUUGCAGUAUUGCUCUGUCAAGUGAUUGGUUUAAACUGAUGGAUGAUUGGUUGAUAGAACUUUCUAUGUUCCAAAGUGGUCCUGUUACUGUUGGGGUUACACAGAAACGUGGACCUGGUAGGAGGAGACAAAGGAACCAGGCUGAAGUUUCAGCUGAAGGUUGCGACGAUGAUAGCUUUACUUGGUGGCGAGGGGGAAAGUUAUCAAAAGUUAUACUAUUGAAAGCAGUUUUGUCACAGUCAGCAGUAAGGAAAGCAGCUUGGCAAGGCGGUUCUAAAAAGAUAUCUGGAUUUAGUUAUGGUGAUACUUCUUACAUCCCUAAGAGAAGCAGACGGUUUAUUUGGAAAGCUGCAGUUGAUAGUAGCAAGAACAUAUCUCAGCUCGCUCUUCAGGUAAGAUAUCUGGAUAUGAAUAUAAGGUGGAGUGAACUUGUACGGCCAGAGCAAAAUCUCCAGGAUGUCAAAGGCUCAGAGUCAGAUGCCAACGUUUUCAGAAACGCUCGUAUAUGUGACAAAAAGAUUAGUGAUGACAAGGUCAGCUACGGAGUUUUCUUUGGAAAUCAAAAGCAUCUGCCAUCACGCGUCAUGAAGAAUGUAGUUGAGGUCGAGAAAGCCCAAGAUGGAAAUGAAAAGUAUUGGUUUCAGGAAGCACGUGUUCCCUUAUACUUGAUCAAAGAAUUUGAAGAGAGUUUGCAUAGAGUACAAAUGCCUUCAACAAGGAAGUUAUUAAAGAAAUUUUCAAAGCUGCAGAGAAAGCAGCUGAAAGCUUCCCGCAUGGACAUAUUUUCAUAUAUAGCGUCAAGGAGGGACAACAUGGAGAUAUGUUUGUGUGCCUCAUGUCAUCAUGAUGUUCUAUUGCGUUCAAGAAGAAAUUUCGCUAUACCUGAAAUAGAGUUUAGAUCAAGAAUAAUGAGAUGCUGUGAUAGAACUAAAGAUUACGGAUUUUGUCACAAUGAGUGCACUUGGAAGUCACAGCACACAAAUGGAAAAGUUGAAGUUCUGGUCACCUGCAAACGUUGCUACCUCGCAAGAACUCGUUCUCCAACUAAUAUCAGUCACAAACAGACGACCUCACCCCAGCUCAUGAUCAAUGGACGACAUGCAAAUGCAGUCACUCCAGUAAUCAAGAUUAAGCCUCCUAGUCAACAACUACCGUCUCAGAAAACGCAGGAGAAGACUUCGGGAGUCAAACAAAUCACACCUGAUUCUAAUGUGGCAUCCAAGAGUAAACAGAAGACAUUGUCCUGUGGAGUCAUAUGGAGGAAAAAAAACUUGGAGGACACAGGUGUUGAUUUCAGGAAUCAAUACAUUUUGUUGGCUGGAAGGUCAGAUAAACCCAGCCUGGAACCGGUUUGUGGGAUCUGCCAACAGCCGUACAAUCCUGGUUUGACGUAUAUCUACUGUACAAAAUGCGAAAAGUGGUUUCACACUGACGCUCUUAAGCUUGAGGAUUCACAAAUUCCUGAAGUGGUUGGGUUCAAGUGUUGCAAAUGUCGUCGUAUACGAUCACCUGAUUGCCCUUAUAUGGAUCCUAAACUCAAGGAACAAAAGCAGAUCAAAAGAAUAGUCUUCAAGAACCAGAAACAAAGGCAAGGGAAUUCCGGGUUGGAUUCUGAUUCUGAAAGAAUGUCCGAACAAAAAGACUCGAAACCUUCUACUCCCUUGCCUGCAACUCCUUUAUAUCCCCCAGAAGACGCAUUUUUCCCAGAUGAUGAUCCUCUCCUGGUCUCGGUUUCCAAAGUUGAAGAAAUCACACCCACUAAUAUGGAUCUUGGUUGGGACACGGUUGCUUCUGCGCCUGGACCGCAGAAGCUGCCAGUUAGAAGACAAGCGAAACGAGAAGACUCCUGUAUCGACCCACAGCCUUUUGUGAAACAUGAAGCCGAGCAAGAAGAGUCUUUGCCUGUUGUCACAGAAUGGGAUACGUCUGGUGAGCUAUUAUUCGACUACGAGGACAUGGAAUUUGAACCGCAGACCUAUUUCUCACUGACCGAGUUACUGUCGGCCGAUGAUACUACUAGUGGUGGUCAGUACGAGGUAAAUGGUGAUGCGAAGUUAGUGGAAGCAACAGAAGAAGGAGAAGACGAGAUGGGUCCAUGUCAGAGAUGUUUGCAAAUGGAGCCAAGACCUGAUCUUUUGUGCACAGUUUGUGGAUUGCUAAUACACUCUCACUGUUCUCCAUGGGAGGAGGAACCAUCGUCUGUGACUGGAUAUGGGCCCUGGAACUGUGGUCAGUGCCGUGAGCCUUGA